AUGUUCCAACUGUCAAGGUGCCUGGAUCAUGAUGGUUGCCCAGUUUUGGAACAGUUCGAAGUUUAUGCCCGCUUAACUAGAAACUAUGCGACAUCAUUGAGCAAUUCAACUUGUAUAACCCCGGAAACUAUUCCCGGUAUUGUAAAAAUCUGUAAUAGGAGACCAAGACCACCAUCAGAUCAUGUUGAGUCACCUUCAACAAUCGUCCUAACGAUCACUCAAGAGAAAUGCAAACUGAUAGAAAAGAAUAGAAAGCAAUGGAGUCAUUAUUUUGAUAUGAUUGGUAUGGAAAUUGAUUUUCCUGUUUUGUGA